AGUGAAGCCAAAUUUAGAAGCCGGAAGAGGCUCCAUUCCAUUCGUCCAGCAGUUCCUCCCGGUGCCCUUCUGCUCCGUUGUGGCCUCGGCUUCCACUUCCUCUCUCGCCGCACCUUCCUCUCGCUUCCCAAUGGAUCCCGUUGGACUCGCCGCCGCCUCCGUCGUUCCCACCGCGGAAGUCAGCCCUGGCCCUGCUUGGCCUCAGAGCAAGUGCCCUUGGGGAACUCCUAAAAAUACUACAAUAUCAUGUUCCCUUGCCGAUGUUAUGAGUGAACAGUUAGCUAAAGAGUUGCAGCUAGAAGAAGAAAGUGCUGUUUUUCCAGAAGUGGUCAAGGUUGUUGAAGGACCAUUUGUUAGUGGGGAGAAUACUGACACGUCCAGUGACUUGAUGCUUGCACAGAUGCUGCAAAUGGAAUUUGACAGAGAAUUUGAUGCACAACUUCGGCGUGAAGAGAAAAAAUUCAAUGGGGACAGCAAAGUGUCCAUAUCUUUUGAGAAUUACCGAAAAGUGCAUCCAUUUGAAGACAGUGACAGCUCUGAAGAUGAGGUUGAUUGGCAGGAUACUCGUCAUGAUCCGUACAGAGCAGAUAAGCCUACCACUACUCCCAAAAAGGGCUUUAUAGGAAAAGGAAAAGAUAUUACUACUAAACACGAUGAGGUUGUAUGUGGACGAAAGAAUACGGCAAGGAUGGAAAAUUUUGCACCAGAAUUUCAGGUUGGUGAUGGAAUUGGUAUGGAUCUGAAAUUGUCCAAUCACGUCUUCAAUGCCUUAAAGCAGCAUGCAUACUCUGAGGAACGUCGAAGUGCCAGGCUCCAUGAGAAGAAGGAACAUUCCACUGCUGAGAAAGCAGUAGAUCCUAAAACACGUUUACUUUUAUAUAAAAUGGUCAAUUCUGGGCUGCUGGAGACUAUCACUGGAUGCAUAAGUACAGGAAAAGAAUCUGUGGUGUUUCAUGCCUAUGGAGGAAGCUUGGGUGAGGAUGCUAAACCAGUACCUUCAGAAUGUGCUAUAAAGGUGUUUAAAACAACUCUUAAUGAAUUUAAGAAUCGUGAUAAGUAUAUCAAAGAUGAUUAUAGAUUUAAAGAUCGCUUCAGCAAAUUGAAUCCACGAAAGAUAAUACGCAUGUGGGCUGAGAAAGAAAUGCACAAUUUAACAAGAAUGCAGAAGGCAGGCAUUCCUUGUCCAGAAGUGGUUAACCUUAAAAAACAUGUAUUAGUUAUGUCCUUCAUUGGUCAGGAUCAAGUCCCAGCUCCUAAACUAAAAGAAGUAAAGCUUAAUAGUGAAGAUAUGAAAAAGGCCUACUAUCAAGUUCUUCAGAUGAUGCAAAAGUUGUAUAAAGAAUGCAAUUUAGUUCAUGCUGACCUGAGUGAAUAUAAUAUGCUGUGGCAUGGGGGACAGGUCUGGUUAAUUGAUGUCAGCCAGUCUGUAGAACCAACUCAUCCUCAUGGACUUGAGUUCUUGUUCAGAGAUUGCAGGAAUGUUUCACAGUUCUUCCAGAAGGGUGGUGUAUCCGAAACACUUGGUGAGCGAGAGCUCUUCAAUGCUGUCUCGGGUUUAGAUUUUGCAUCUGACAAUGAGGCGGAUUUCUUAGCUGAGAUUGAAGCUUUGGAGAAGAUAAAUGAAGAUCAUGUACAGAAUCAUGGGAAAAAAGUAUCUUUGUUUUCAAAAGAUGAUGGGAGUCCACCGUCAAGUCCCAACAAAUAGCACUUUGAGUUGAACUGAAGUAUCUUUUAUGCAUUUAAAGUUCUAGUGCAGUGACUAAAUGUCACCUGCCAAAGGCAACAGAAGCUGUUAUCAACAGAGAAUGCUGUAAAUGAAACUUCAGGGACUAUGUAUUGGUGCUUCGGUGUUUUUAAAGAAAAGUUCACAACGUUAGUCCACAGGAUCUAACCAUAUAGCACUCUGAAAAAGAGGUUAACGCUCCCUUGUCAGUUUGGCAGGUUUUUUUCAGUUUCAUUACAGCUGAGUUAAAUAUGAUUUAACUGUUUGAAAUUUCCCAGAUGAUGCCACAUUUCAGAUUAAACUCUUUUAAGUAACAUAUGUAAA